AUGAUACAGGGUUUAGCAAUGGUGAUGCACAAGAAUCAUGAAGGACCAGCUGUUUUUGAGAUGCUGGACAGGGCUCUGGAAUUGGCUCGUUCCGAGAAAAAAGUCAAUGAGGAGAGGAACAUAAGAAUACUAACUGCACAGAUGCAUGUAGUAAAGGGGGAAUUAGAGGAGGCCUUGGAAAAGUUUCAAGCUCUUAUUAAUGAGAACCCAAGGGAUUUUCGCCCUUAUCUUUGCCAAGGUAUAGUUUACAGCCUGCUUGACAAAGAGAAGGAAGCUCUAGAACAGUUUGAGAUAUAUCAAAGUCUUGUACCUGAAGAAUUUCCACAGAAAAAGUUCCUUGAUGAUGUUAUUUUGUCAGCCAGAACUGAAUCAAAGCAACAGCUUGAGAAGGAGUUGCAAAGCUGAAUUAUCAUGGCAGACAUGGCAUUUGCAACUCUAUCUUUGAUACUAACCACUUACCAACUACUUGAAUCUCAGCCAGCCGUAGCAAACCAGUUCUACAACAUAAUUGUACAUGAACAUAAUUUGCAAGGCGUGUACCUUGAUGUUUCUGCCAUGAUUCUUAAUGGAUGAAUUCAGCUUUUAGGUGCAAUA